GGAGCAUACGGGAUUGUCUGCUCCGCCAUAUAUAAACCGUCUCAGCAAAAGGUCGCCAUCAAGAAAAUCCAACCUUUUGAGCGUACUAUGUUUUGUCUACGGACACUGCGUGAGCUGAAACUACUAAAGCAUUUCAACCACGAAAACAUUAUCGGAAUACUGGAUAUUCAGAUACCUUAUGAUUUUGACAGCUUCAAUGAAGUUUAUCUGAUCCAAGAGUUGAUGGAGACAGACUUGCAUCGCGUCAUUAGAACUCAGACGUUAAGUGACAAUCACUGCCAGUACUUUAUUUACCAGACUCUACGUGCGCUCAAGGCACUGCAUUCAGCAAAUGUGCUUCACCGCGACCUCAAACCGUCCAACUUGCUGCUGAACUCUAACUGCGACCUCAAAAUAUGCGAUUUUGGUCUCGCUCGUUCGGUAGCAUCUCAAGAGGACAAUUUCGGGUUUAUGACAGAAUACGUGGCAACCAGAUGGUACCGCGCGCCUGAGAUUAUGUUGACAUUCCAGGAGUAUACGACUGCCAUUGAUGUUUGGUCCGUUGGCUGUAUUCUUGCAGAAAUGCUGUCAGGAAGACCACUCUUCCCAGGAACGGACUACCACAACCAACUUUGGCUGAUCAUCGACGUCCUGGGGACCCCUCUAAUGGAGGACUACUCUUCGAUCAAGUCCAAACGUGCCAAGGAGUACAUACGGACGCUUCCUUUUAGGAAGAAGAAGAAUUUUCGGGAUUUAUUCCCAGAUGCAAAUCCCGAUGCAAUUGAUCUUCUGGAGAAAUUGCUCACUUUCAAUCCCAAAAAGCGGAUUACUGUCGAAGAAGCCUUAAACCACCCAUAUGUCUCCUUUUACCACGAGCCGAACGACGAGCCGGUUGCAGAGAAGAUACCUGACGACUUCUUCGACUUUGACAAGCGUAAGGACGAGUUGUCACUAUUGGAAUUGAAGAAAAUGCUCUAUGACGAGAUCAUGGAGCCACUAAAUGUGAAUGGGGCAUAAAUAGAUAUUAUAGCAUCUUGAU